AUGCCAGUCUACCAUAUUGUUUUGUUCCGCCUCAAGCCCGGAGUGACCCCGGCUCAGAUCUCAACUUGGAAGGAGACAUGUCAGGCGAUGGUUGGGAAGAUUCCUGGACUGUCGUCCAUCCAAAGCGGAACUCCAUUGCCAAUUUCAAUCCCCCGGGCAAAGGGGUUUGAUAUGGGGUUGGUUGCUGUUUUGGAGACACCAGAGCACGUGGCUACGUAUGCGGUGCAUCCAGCACACCUGGAGGUCCACAAGAUGCGUGAAGAGCUGUGCGAUGAUACAUUGGCGUAUGACCUUGAGUUCUAG